AAUAACAUCAACACAACAUUUUAGAACUCCGAGUGUUACCUAUUAUUCCAAUUCAAAAAUACUUAUAAAAAGGAGAUAAAUUCAAUUUCUAAUCGAUUAAAAAAAAAAAUUCUUUACCUUUUACAAUUCAUUAAUAAUGAUCACUAAAAGAGCCAUUUUGAUCCUUUUCCUUUUCGCUGCGCUCGUUUCUUCUAUUCCACAUCCUAACCUUCAAAAACGAGAGAAACUUGGAUUCGUUGCUACUGUAUUAUUUAAUGAAAAUGACAUUAAAGGAGUAGCAACAUUUACUCAAUUUAGCUCUAAAGUUUGUAGAGCUACAGUCCAAUUUAAUACAGGAUUCACUUCAUCUAAUGAUGACAUCUAUACUUUCAAAGCCGGUAAUCAUGAUAUCACCCCCAAUAAUUUUAUUGUUAAACCUCCUGGUAUUGCAGCAUUUAGAAAAGAUUUUACUAAUUUCAAAUGUAAUUCUCUUGUUGGUAAAAAGUUUACUGUUAAACGUGGUAAUAAAGUAAUUGGUGAGGAAGAAAUUAAAGAAGCAUAAUUUAGCAUGAUUACGUGUGAUGUGGUGGGCAGGAA